AUGUCAACUACUUCACCAGCACCAGCACCAGCACCAGCAGCAUCAACUGUGACAACAACAACACCGCCAAAAAAGUCUGCACCACUACCCCCGUCAUCAACAUCCACCUCGUCUAGUAAAAUAAAGAGGUCAAAGACAUUUACAGGAUGUUUUACAUGUAGGUCAAGAAAGAUAAAAUGUGAUUUAACCAGACCUCAUUGUGAAAAAUGUAUUAAAGCAGGAUUAAUAUGUGCUGGAUAUGAUAUCAAACUAAGGUGGUCAUUACCAAUUAAUUAUAAACCUACUAAGACAGGUAAUGUUAAAAGUGAACCAAUUAAGUUUAAUGAUAAAGAUGAUACUGAAAAUUCAGGUUCUAGUAAUACACAAGAAUUUUUCCAAAGACGACUAGUUGGAUUUGUCACUUGGGAAGAACCUUAUGAAACAUAUGAAGAAAUGGAUCAAGAUCUUGCGAUAUUACAUGGACUGGGAGAUGAUCCGAAAGUUAAACAACAAGGUUUAACUAAAUUGAGAGGACCAUUUGGAGUUUUUAGAGGUGAUGGUCAGAUUAAAGAGAUAUGCAAUGAUACUAUAACUGAACCAAAAAAGAAAAAACAACGAUUAAAUAAUCAUAAUGAUUCACUUAGAAGAGUAGAUAGUUAUAGUAAUAAUAAUUCAACAACGCCAUCAAUUGUUGCCAAUUCACCUGCUAAUAAUGGUACACCAGUUAGUACAGCAACACAUCAACAAACCAAUGUUGCACCUCAUGAUCAUUUUUGGCUUUCUAAUGAAUUGAAAGAUGCUGCAUUGGUUACAGCUGCAGCAUUAGAUACUCAAUUUUUGGAUAUGAUGUAUAAUUUCAACAGUAAUGUUCCAACUUCAAAUAAUACUAAUCAUACUUCAAUUGAUGAUUUUAAUAAUCCUGAUUUUUUAAAUUUAUUAUUCCACAGACAUCAACAUCCUGAACUGACAGUUGGUGCAGAAACACCUAGAUCUACUCAUUCAAAUAAUAAUAAUAAUAACAAUAAUAUGUCAAUGACAAAUUUACUUAAUCAAAGUGGGUCAGCAAAUACAAAUGCUAUAAUGGAUCAAACUUAUUAUUCUAAUUUUUCUAAUUUUUUCUACAACAAUCCUUAUCAAUCAAAUGAUAAUUUAGAAAUUCAAUUACAUGCAAAAGGAACAGAUAAUGAUUAUGUUGAUGGAGAUCAAACAAAUGAUAAGAAAUUAUUAGAAUUUAUCAUGUCAAUAAUUAAAAAUCCAAUUAAAGUAUCAUUUGAUUUAUCAUUACCUAAUAGAGAUUCACAAAUUAGAAUUCCUGUUAAUGCUUUACAGGUUCAACCAUUGACAAGAUAUUUAUUGAAUUAUUAUAUUACUGAAGUUGCUGAUUUGAUGACAGUUAUCCCAUUGACAGAAAAUCCAUGGAAGGCUAUUUAUUUUCCUAGAGCAUUAAUGGCAAUUGGUGAAUUACUGGCAUUGGGUAAGACAUCAACUGCAAAGAAUGCUUUAUUGAAUGCAUUAUUAGCUGUGCUGGCAUUUAAUUUACAAAGUAAAUAUCCUAAGAAUUCAGAACCAAUGAAGUUUUACUUGAAUUUAGGGAUUGCGUUAAGAAAUCAAGCUAGUUUGUUUAUUAAACAACUACUUCAUAACAAAAAUAGUAAUAACGGGAUAGAAUAUUGUAUCACACAUGAAAAAUACAAGGAUGUUUUAUGUGCUGUAAUGAGUAUGAUUAGUGUGGACUUGGUUUGGGGAACAAUGCAAGAUACUGGAGUUUAUAUUUCUUGGUGUGGUAAAGUUAUUGUUGCCAAGAUGAAGAAUAAGAAGAAAUUGUCAUCUAAAGCAAGAAUUUUGCAUAGAAUUUUCCUGAGUUUGAAAUUAAUUCAAGAUUCAACUUGUUUAGACUUGGAAAGUAUUAAAGUAGAUUUUGAAACAAAUGUAGCUCAAGGUGGAUAUGAUGUCAAUGGUGAUAAGUUUGGAAAUAGUAGAAAAUCACUGCAACAACUGGAAGAUGAUAAAGAAAGAGAUGAAAAGGGGAGAAUUGAUUUCAUUGUAAACAACACUUUUUCAAGUGUAAGAAGACUUUCUUCUCCAACUGCUAAACAAGCCACCACUUCCCCAUCUUUUGUCAAUAAGAAAUUGAUUAACACAAUGAAGAAUGAUGAGAAUUUUGCCACAGAUGCUUUAUAUGGAUUACCGAAUUCCUUAAUUUUAUUAUUUAGUGAAACUGUUGAAUUAUUAAGAUCAAAAAUUUACUAUAAAGGAAUGAAAAAACCAUACCCAGAAAACUUCAAUACUCGAGUUGAUGCAUUAGAGAAAGAUUUAUUGAAUUGGAAGUUAGAUUGGGAAUUGUUUGAAAAGGAAUCAACUGCAACUGGUGAUAUAGAUGAUUAUUCUACAAAGAAAUUCUAUUCACCAAUGCAUCAAGCAACAUAUCAUCAUAUUUUAUCAUUCUAUCAUGCUUUGGUGAUUUAUUACAAUCGAUUGAUUCGAGAAGUUCAUCCAAAGAAAUUACAAGACAAAGUAGUUAAAACAUUAGAUCAUUUAAAUUCAAUUCAAAAAUUAAUUAGUAAGAAUGAAGCAAAUAUAAUUCCCUUAUUUUGGCAAGGUUUCAUUGCUGGUUGUGAAGCACUUUCACCUGAAUUACAAUUGGAAUUUAAAAAAUGGGGUGCCGAUAUUGCUCAAUAUUUAGGUAGUUAUUGGGGAGCUAGACAAAUCAUGUUGGAAGUUUGGAGAAGAAAAAGAAUGAAUGAAAGUAAUGAUGAUUGGAUAAGUGUUAUUCAUGAUUGGGAAAUGAAUUUAAUGUUGGAUUGA